UUUCAUUGCUCCUUCCCUCUCCUCCCCCGGGACAUCUCUCUGCUGGUCAACACAUUACAAAUAAUAAGUACUUGGGAACAGGGCCACUUGGCUGUGACUGUGACAGGGACGACAAACCCGGCGGCUGACUGCUCUUAUACCACUAGUUCACACCCCAUCGCGCCACCGUUCCUUUCCUCUCUAUCUCGACGCCCAGUGCGUCCUUACGCACCGUCUACGCUAAUAAUGCUCACCGCCCACCUCCUGCCCCUCCUUGCGCUUGUCGGCCUUGUCAUUGCCGACGGGAUCCAUGUCCCUCUGACCCGGAAGAGCACCCUCCGCAAACGCGAUGGAACCAUCGAUACUGCACGGUUUGCGAAGGCUCGAGAUUUGUUGCGGGUUAAAUACGGAUACAAGCCACCCCCGUCAAACUCGAGGAAGCGGGCGGGACAGACUGUCGGGGUACCCAUCAUCAAUUCUAACGUAGACUCGUCAUAUAUCGGACCCAUCUCUAUUGGAACGCCGCCGCAAACGUUUGAAGUCGUGCUGGACACUGGCUCGUCAGAUCUCUGGGUGGCAUCAACCAACUGCCGUACCUGCGAAGGAUUGACCACCUUUAAUCCCUCUCAAUCAUCCUCGAUACAACAGUCACAGGGGACCACCGGGCAACAGGGAAUCACGAUCGAAUAUGGCAGUGGUGAGGUCCAGGGUACCCUCGCGCAGGAUACCGUGAGCAUGGGCGGUUUCACCGUCAACCCACAGACGUUCCUCGUCGCUGAAACCAUCUCACAAGGCCUGCUCGACGGUCAGACCUCGGGUAUCCUUGGCUUGGCUUUCCAAGCCUUGGCGUCGACACAGGCGACACCCUUCUGGGAAGCACUGCUCAAUGCUGGCCAAUUUGCCCAGCCGGAAAUGUCCUUCUUUCUCACCCGUUUUCUGGGCGUUGACGGUGCGACAGACUCAGAGCCAGGCGGCUUCCUCACUCUUGGCGGCACCAACAGUUCCUUGUUCACUGGCAACAUCGAGUUCCUGAACCUCACCGCCACGGACAGCAUUAGCGAUGCCACGUUCUGGCUUUUGGAGCUUUCCAGCGUCACUGUCAACGGCCAAAGCGUGUCAAUCUCGACAGGCGCUGCUGCCGUCUCUGCUAUCGACACGGGUACCACCCUAAUUGGGGGACCGUCGGAUGGUGUCCAGGCCGUUUGGCAGGCUGUUCCGAACUCGCAGGCUCUCUCCGGCGACAUGGAAGGCUUUUUCAGUUUCCCCUGCGAUACUAGCGUUCAGGUGUCUCUGUCGUUCGGUGGUAGUUCAUGGCCUAUCAGCACAGACGAUAUGAACCUGGGUACCGUCGGCGACGGAACCUGUGUUGGAGGCAUUUUCGACCUUGGUCUUGGCUCUAACAUCAGUCCCGGUAGUGGAAACCCCUCUUGGGUCGUCGGCGAUACUUUCCUGAAAAAUGUCCUCUCUGUCUUCCGCGCGUCCCCACUCUCAGUAGGCUUUGCCCAACUGUCAUCAGCCGCAGGCGGCUCGGGCACUCCCUCUCCGGGAACCGGGAGCGCGACCAUCACCGGGACAGGCCUGCCAAUCCCCGCGGGCACCGGCUCUUCAAGCUCUUCAGGAGGAAGCUCGCCGACCACGACCCCAGGGACGAACGCCGCGAGCCCGGUGUCGUCGCUCAACUUGCUCGGCCUCUCGCUCUCGCUUGUGCUUUCGCUCGCUUCUGCUCUGUGUUUCGUUGCGUGAUGUAGAUACUGACCUUCGCUUUGGACGUUUCGAACGCUUUUCUCGAUCUGGCUCGCCUGUUAUCUGCUAUAUUGUCUUACAAUACAUGGUAUUCUGGA